AACAAAGGCGGAACAAAGGCGGACUCCGCCAGACCAAAGCGGUGAGCAAGACGCGCUGUGAUUGGUCAGACGCUCCGUGCCGCACAAACCUAAACAGCAGCGUAGAAACAUCGUGAUUGAUCGUCGUCAUCUUGUAAGAGUACGAGGCUUAGAGGAGCGAGUAAGAGAUCUAUCUGAUAAAAAAGACGUCUUGUCGUCGUCGUGCAUAUCGGAUGCGGUGCGGCGGACAGCACGACGCGAGCUAGGCGGCUGAACAUGAAGAUGAAGAUGAAGAUGAAGAUGUCUCAGUGUUGUCGGUGAUCACCAGGCCAGCUCCACCCCGCCAUGGGCUCCAGGCUGAGCCGACACAACAGUUUGGACGGCGACUCUUUCUCCAGGAAGCGCCGCAGGAUCGUCGAUGGCGCCGCGGAGGGCGAGCGUCGAGGCGGAGGAGGAGACUUCCUGUUCGCUCUCAUGCUGAAGACGGACAAACUGCCCGGCAUGCUGCGGAGGAGCAACCACAGCCCCUACGCCAGGAGGGUGGCCUGGAUCAAAGACAUCCAGAAGAUGCUUCGAGAACGCAGGAUGGAACAAGCCAGUCAACUUCUUCAACUGCUCAGGAAGGAUCUGGGACUGGAAGGCACCUCACUCAACGACAUCCUAUACAAGAACGCCGCAUUCCUCAAUCUGGUGGAUCCCAUUUCACAUGAGCUGCUGUUGAGCUUGGCCCGAGAGAUGCAAAAUCCCAAGAAGGAUGCAGACACCAUCAAGUCGUCGGAUAAAAUUUGCAGACAGCUGAUCUACCACCUGACCCCACAUUCCAAGUGGCUGAGGCAGAGCAUGUCCAGACAGAAGUCCCAGGCAUGUCUCAAGACGACGCUGCAGAAAAAGCUGUCCAACGACACUGUGGACUUGUCGGGCAUCCCUCUGUCCACCAGGGAUGUCCGUCAGGUGGCCUUCUACCUCCAGAACAAUAGAGACAGCGUGGCGGCGGUGGACAUCAGCUUUACUGAGCUCCAGGACGAAAACCUCAGGGUUCUUCUUCCCCUUCUCGCCUCACUGCCCAAACUCAACAACCUGGCUCUGAACGGCAACCGUCUCACCUUGGCUGUACUCAAAGACCUGACUGAGAUGCUGAAAGACCCCAAGAAGUUCUCCAGCUUGGCCUGGAUAGACCUGGGCAACAAUGUCGACAUUUUCACCAUGCCCCAGCCGUUGUUGGUGGCUCUGCGGCGGCGCUGUAGCCUGAAGAGCAGUCUACCCACCAUUUAUGAGUACACAGAGGGCCAGCCCUACUCCUACCACCUGGAGACGUCUAUCGAAGAGCCGAGUCACUACGAGGAAGAGGAGGAAGAAGAUGCACAAGAGGGUGCGGUCGACAAAUAUGACUUGGAGCCGUGGAGCUUAGGUGAGAAGCAGCUCUCCAAAGAAUUCACCUUUCACUACUGUGAGAGGUGAUGGAGUGUGCUGUCACACAGCGAGGCCCAGAAUAUACCUUUAGCUCGACCACCCUCACACCCACCAGCUCAGUCACCCUUUUAGGCACAAGGGGAGGGAAACAACAUUGUGGAACUCUCAACCAAGCAAUUUCAAGACGUCACAGAAUGAACCUGCACCGGAUGACGGAGGAGCGGCAGCCACGGUUGUAGACUUACCGUGUCGGUGGAUGGUGCUCUUGGCAACGGGAUGCGGUUUCAUCGGAGGACUGGAUUCAUAGGAGAAGGGUUUCUUUCUCUUGCUGUGUCGCGCACCCCCCCUUUACUCAAUCUCUGUCUGAUCGUAGCAGCUGAGAAGCCAAUACCAAUUUCAAUCAGUCGCCGGGCUGGAGAAGCAGAUUUCCGGUAGCCGCUCAAGUGGUUUUGAAAGCAGUGCGUCCCUCUGGGGUCCGGACCGGGACUGAGACGAUCUCCGGCAGGCAGAGCUUCAACCCCACAUUGUGUGUUCUCUGUUAAGCUCUCAACAAAAGCUAUGACACAAGUUCAACAGACUAUACAGCCGUCGGCCCGUCACGUGACCCGAGCAAAACUGCUAGGUCAAGACUUUUUUUUUUUUUUUUCAACCCCCUUUCCUAAUGUCUACUUGUGAAUACCCUUGCGUACAUGUAAACCCCCAAAGUAAAAACGUGUCUCUCACUCAAUGUUUUUGGUGUUUUGGUGAGCAAAAGCAAUCUUGGAAGACGACAGGUAGGACUCAGCAAUGGUUUCCAUACUUGCUUAAAUGCCGGUGUCCACCUCUGUGAUGCGGUCAUUGCCAGCGUUUCGGUACGUCCAUACCACUGACCUCUGAAUCCACACAGCACACAAACUCAUUUAAGCAGCUGUUGUCUUGUCUUUGUUCAUUCGAUGAUGUGUCUGUUGUCCCUCACGUAUACCUGCCGUUCUUCAGCGGUUCUCUCGGUUUUUAGGACUGUUACUUGGUGACUUAGCCAGACUUGAAGUGGUCGUGUCUUUUGCAGUAGCACACAAAGGUCGGACUGACUCAAACACUGCAAUGCACUUCAAUGCACUUUUUUCUGUGUGUGUUUCUCCAUAUUGCAUAGCUCUAUAGACCAAUAGUAUGAGGAGGCUUUCAUCUUUAAAAUGCUGAUCCAAAUGGCUCCUGAUUGUUCUAAGAACCUGUUCCAUCCGAAUAUACUCCUAAAUGUUUAAAUGUGUAUUUUAUACAUGGUGUUGUUCCAGUAAAGUGUCUGACUACCGAUGUAAUGAUUUGUGUUCUGUUGUCUUUUGUCCAAUUCUGUGACUAUAGCGGCUCUCAUUACAUCAAACGGUGUCUACGGGAGUCAUUAGCCAGGAACCAAAGGCCAAAAUAUGUAACCUCAUUUGUGAUUGAAGGCACCUUUUACGUUGAUUUGUUUAAGUCUGAGCAAGGGAGAACACUUAUCCACUUUGUAGCGUCUUUCAUGUAUACACAUUCCCUUGUAGCUUGUAUUUGCCAAAGCCAAAUUCUGCCAAUAAAACAAUUGA